AAUUCCGACAGCACUUGAACGCAGCAGAAGCUCAUCUGUUGGACAGGGAAACUAAUCAGGAGCCAAGUAAAGUCUUCUCAACAGUGCUGGCUACUCGGCUAGCGCGGCUUUAAAAGUCAGCUGUCACUACGAAAAAAUGAUUUCAGCCUUACUUUAAAUGAAGUACAGCCAUUCCUCUGCACAUGGAGCAACUUUCGAGACAUGUUUUCGUAGCGGAGUUCUUUCGUUUCGCCUGAAGAACAGGGGCGAACAGCUUUCGUCCAGCCGAAGCUUGCGGCUAGCUCCCUGUUAGCCGGGGAAGAAGUGCCAGCGGAGGCAGGAAAAUGGAGCUGGACGACGUAGUCCUGUAUCAGGACGAGUCGGGCGACUCCAGCGUGAUGUCCGAGCGGGUCUCGGGUCUGGCCAGCUCGAUAUACCGCGAGUUCGAGCGGCUCAUCGAGAAGUACGACGAGGACGUGGUGAAAGAGCUGAUGCCGCUGAUCGUCGGCUUGCUGGAGAACCUGGACUCGGUGUUCGCCGCCAACAAGGAGCACGAAGUGGAGCUGGAACUGCUGAAGGAGGACAACGAGCAGCUGGUCACCCAGUAUGAACGAGAGAAAGCGCUGAGAAAACACGUAGAGGAGAGGUACAUUGCCUUAGAAGACUCACAAGAUGGUGAGAAAAAGGAUCUUCAAAGUCGACUGGUGACGCUGGAGUCCCACGCGCGACAGCUAGAACUAAAGACUAAAAACUAUGCAGACCAGAUUGGCAGAUUUGAAGAGAGAGAAGCAGACCUUAAGAAGGAGUACAAUGCUCUUCAUCAAAGACACACUGAGAUGAUCCACAGCUACAUGGAACACUUGGAACGAACUAAACACCAGCAUCCAAUGACACCAGCAGAGCCUUCAGACACAGGCAUAUCUGCUAAAAGACGGAAGGAGCGUCCCAUCUCCAUGGGCAUAUUCCAACUUCCUGGUAUUGAUGGUGUGACCCCUGAACCCCAGAGAGAACCCAGUGACCCCCCAUCCGAGCAAUGGAGAUUCAACAACCUCAGCCAUCCACUGUCCAACACCAGCCUCAAGGAUGAGCUGGUGUUUGCAAACCGUGGAAGCUCCAAACCCAGCACACCCACUAAUCAGGGAAAUCUGUCUAAAACUGGGAUGCCUGUGUCUUCAAGUAACGGACAAUCCAACACCAACACUUCCAUGUCCUCUCAGGGUGGUACCUCUAAAUCCAACACUUCUACACAUAGCAGUAAUACUCAGCCCAGMGCACCAUGGUCUCCUCAUGACACRCCCAGUCUUGGACAAGGGCUCCCCACUUCUGCACCGCCAUCUGCAGCUCUUUCUGACGUUGUCGUGGAGUCUGGAGACACACCACUACAGGAAGAGGUAACUUCAGGUGGGCUCAGCAAGAACCUGGACUGGAAGAGUGGCAAACCAGAAGGCAGUAAGAAUGUAGGAGCAGAGCAGGAAGAACAACUGUUCAGCCAGAAAGCUUUGACGACGGCACUGAAAACUGAAGAUGGAGCAGAAAGCAUGGAGAAGUCUGAAGUUCAGGCUAUCAUUGAGUCCACCCCUGAGCUGGACAUGGACUUUGAUGGCUGCAGAGGAACUAGCACUCCAACUAAAGGUGGAAUAGAGAAUCUGGCUUUCAACCGUAACACUGACUCUCUGUUUGAGGAGCUGUCAUCUGCAGGAAAUGACCUCGUAGGAGACGUGGACGAAGGAGCUGACCUCCUGGGUAUGGGUCGAGAGGUUGAACACCUCAUCCAUGAGAACACCCAGCUGAUGGAAACCAAAAACGCACUGAAUGUAGUGAAAAACGACCUGAUUGCUCAGGUAGAUGAGCUGUCGUGUGAGAAGGAGGUUCUGCGUGGAGAGCUGGACACAGUCACUCAGGCCAAGACCAAGUUGGAGGUGAAGAACAAGGAGUUAGAAGAGGAACUCAAGAAAGUUAAAGCAGAACUGGAGGAGGCCAAACAGAAGGUCAAGAAUGACAAUGAGGACGAUAGCGAUGUGCCCACAGCUCAGAGGAAACGCUUCACCAGAGUGGAGAUGGCCAGGGUCCUGAUGGAGAGGAACCAGUAUAAGGAGAGGCUGAUGGAACUGCAGGAAGCCGUCAGGUGGACGGAAAUGAUCCGAGCUUCGAAGGAGAAUCCAACUCUUCCAGAGAAGAAGAAAUCCAGCCUCUGGCAGUUGAUUUUCAGCCGUUUGUUUAGCUCAUCGGGCGGAGCGGGCAAGAAGCCAGCGGCGGAGGCUCCAGUGAACGUCAAGUACAACGCACCCACCUCCCAAAUCCAGCCCACCGUCAAGAAGAAGAGCAGCACCCUGCAGCAGCUGCCCAGUGACAAGAGCAAAGCUUUUGAUUUCCUCAAUGAGGAAGCGCCGGCUGAAAGCGUGACGUCGAGGCGAGAACAGAAGCGAGCUCAGUACAAACAGGUCAAAGCUCACGUUCAGAAGGAGGACAGCCGAGUGCAGGCCUACGGCUGGAGUCUACCUAAGAAAUACAAAGUGAAUGGUGCUCAGGCAGAGGGCAAGAUGAAGAAUCUACCUGUUCCUGUCUUCCUCAGACCUCUGGAUGAAAAAGAUCCUUCUAUGAAGCUGUGGUGUGCUGCAGGUGUAAAUCUGUCUGGAGGGAAAACCAGAGACGGAGGGUCCAUAGUGGGGGCCAGUGUGUUUUACAGUGACUCCUCAGGCCCAGUGAGUCCUACAAAGAAGACAGGGUCUCAGAGUAGCCUGGAUAAACUGGACCAAGAGCUAAAAGAGCAGCAGAAAGAGCUGCAGCACCAGGAUGAGUUUUCAUCUCUGGUGUGGAUUUCCACCAGCACUCAGUCCACCUCAAAGGUUGUUGUUAUUGAUGCCAACCAGCCUGGAAACAUCCUGGAGAGCUUCUUCGUUUGUAACUCGCACGUCUUCUGCAUCACUAGUGUUCCAGGUGCAAGAGAGACAGACUACCCUGCUGGGGAGGAAGUGUCUCUACAGUCUGAUCUGGGACCAGGAGAAGACGGCAGUUUGUCAGAAGCUAAAAGCAGCUCAGACGGGGCUGACGGUGUUCUCGGAGGCGUCACAGUUGUGGGCUGUGAAGCUCAGGCAGCAACAGCUGUUUCUCAAACAGCAGAAGAAGCUACAGAGGCCACCGAGGCAAGUGCAGGACCUGUCGACCACAGUGAAGCUCUGAGGGGAGUCUUUACAGAGCACGUCUUCACAGAUCCUCUGGGAGCUCAGCAGACAAGAGAGACCCCAGCCAACUACUCACAGAGAGAGAGCGACCUGCUGAAAGACGGAGUGAGUUCAAACCCCAGCUCAGAGGAACACGACCCGAUGAUGGAAGAGGCUCAGAAAAUGAGCAGUGUCCUGCCCACCAUGUGGCUGGGGGCACAGAACGGAUGUGUGUACGUGCACUCGUCUGUGGCUCACUGGAAGAGGUGCCUCCACUCCGUGAAGCUGAAGAAGCCUGUGGUCGGCAUAGUACACGUGAAGGGACGCGUCCUCGUCAGCCUGUCUGAUAGCACCUUGGCCAUUUUCCACAGAGGAGUGGAUGGACAGUGGGACCUGGCCAACUACCACCUGUUAGACCUGGGGAAGCAGCAUCACUCCAUCCGCUGCAUGACGGUGGUCCAUGACCGGGUGUGGUGCGGCCACAGGAACAAGAUCUAUGUGGUGCACCCCAGAGCCAUGAAGGUGGAGAAAUCGUUUGACGCCCACCCCCGUAAGGACAGUCAGGUCCGUCAGCUGGCCUGGCACGGCGAUGGCAUCUGGGUGUCCAUUAAACUGGACUCCACCCUCAGGCUGUUCCACGCGCGCACCUACCAGCACCUCCAGGACAUCGACAUCGAGCCCUAUGUCAGCAAGAUGCUCGGUACGGGCAAACUGGGCUUCUCGUUUGUGAGGAUCACGGCUCUCAUGGUGUCGUGUAACCGUUUGUGGAUUGGGACGGGUAACGGAGUCAUCAUCUCCAUCCCUCUGACAGACACAACUAACAACGUUAGCCCGGCAGCAGGUAACCACCCUGGAGGAGUGGUUCGUGUGUACGGAGACGACAGCGGUGACCAAGUGACAGCCGGGACCUUCGUUCCCUACUGCUCCAUGGCUCACGCUCAGCUCAGUUUCCAUGGUCACAGGAACGCUGUUCAGUUCUUUGCUGCAGUUCCAGGUCACUCAGACUCUGUGUCCUGUGGAGGAGAGACAGGAGACAAGUCCUCAGACACGUCCCCUCAGGAAGGAAGGAAGUCCAUGUUGGUGAUGAGUGGAGGAGAAGGCUACAUCGACUUCAGAAUGGGUGAUGAAGACGGUGAGGCAGAGGAGGCCGAAGACCCCCACUUGAAACUGCAGCCCUUCCUGGCUAAAGCUGAGCGCAGCCACCUCAUUGUGUGGCACGUCUCAGCCAAUGAGGACGGAGCAAAAUGAUGGACAUUUCCUCUGAAACCUCAGAAACUGAGCAGGAUCUGAAGAAAACUGCUCCGUCAGCACAAGUUUAAUCAGCUCUUCUUUUGUUUUCAGUCCAACGAUGAAAGAUAAAAAAGCUGCUCAGAGCUUUUUCUCAGACUAUAUUGGAUGCAUGAAGCUUUUAGUUUUUCUUCUGUUGGUUUGAAACUUUGUGUUAAAAUGCCUAAAACAUUUUAUUUUAUUUUAUUUGACGUAAAGCUGAGAUUUGCAAGUUUUCAGCUGAACACAGCCUGAGCUAAAUCAGCUUUUCAGAACAGGGAAGAUGGUUCUCUGAAUGUAAAGAUGACCAAUCUGUGUAGUGUCAGAUGGACAGAUCCAUGCAGCAGUCAAUCUUUAUUAUUAUUAUUAUUAUUUGUCGACAUCAAAUCUUAUCCAGUGUUUUUUGUUUGAGAGCUGUAGAUGGACUACGGCCCACUUUGUGCCUCACAUAUUUUCUGUCUACCAUGAAACUGUAAAAACAUUUCUAUUUUCAGUUUAUGAUUUUAUUUCAAAACCCAGCACAGAAACAGUGUCUGCUUUUCCUACAAAAUACCUGAAUUAUUUUACAAGAAUAACAAAGAUGUAAAGUUUCUGCCUGACUGGCAGGAAGAUGUUUAUAGUAGCUGAAAAUAGAGAAAAACGAACCAUU